UCCUCCUUUUUACUGAUCAACAGGGCAUAAUGGCACUAUAAACGGGCAGGGUCAGUCAUGGUGGAAGAAGUAUCGCCAGAAACUUCUCAACAACACUAGGGGCCCACUUUUACAGAUAAUGUGGUCAAGUAACAUUGUGAUCACUAACAUAACCUUCCGUGAUUCUCCAUUUUGGACAAUCCAUCCAUAUGACUGCAAAAACAUUACAAUAAGGAAUGUUACCAUCUUGGCUCCUAUAUUCGAAGCCCCAAACACAGAUGGAAUCGAUCCUGAUUCAUGCAAGGAUGUGGUAAUUGAGGAUUGCUACAUUAGUGUUGGGGAUGAUGCAAUUGCAAUAAAGAGUGGCUGGGAUCAGUUUGGAAUAGCUUAUGCACGACCUUCAAGCAACAUUCUCAUCCGCAACCUUGUCGCACGCUCUAUUAUCAGUGCCGGUGUAUCAAUAGGCAGUGAGAUGUCUGGUGGUGUAUCAAAUGUCACUGUAGAAAAUCUCCUUGUGUGGAGCUCUCGUCGUGCAGUCAGGAUCAAGACAGCUCGUGGGAGAGGUGGAUAUGUUAGGCAUAUAACCUACCGCAACCUAACAUUUGACAAUGUCCGCGUAGGGAUUGUGAUCAAGACAGAUUACAAUGAGCAUCCAGAUGACAAUUUUGACCGAAAGGCUCUCCCAACUAUUGAAGACAUAAGCUUCACCGCAGUACAUGGGCAAGGAGUUCGUGUUCCUGUCCGUAUCCAUGGAAGCGAAGAAAUUCCUGUAAGAAACGUGACUUUUAGGGACAUGUCCGUGGGCAUAACAUACAAGAAGAAGCAUAUUUUCCAGUGUGCCUUUGUUGAAGGUCGUGUAAUAGGGACUGUCUUCCCUGCUCCAUGCGAGAACCUCGAUAGGUACGACGACCAAGAGAGACCCGUUAAGCUCUCUGCAACCCAGAAUGUAACAGACAUAGAUUAUGAUUUUUGACAAGAUUGGCUCCUUCAGAAUCUCCAGAAGCCAUCAUUCUUGGGUCAUAGGAUUUAUGUUUAUGCAUGCAUGAGAUAAUGGGUGAAAAAGGCAGGAUCCAUGGGGCUUGUUUAUUGCCUUUCAUGCCCCUUUUUGGCUCCAUUUUUAUAGCUUGAUUGAUUCACGUGGUUGUAUAUACAGAACUUUUACGGAUGGUCAUACAUUCAAAAG